AUGCCGGUACAUUUCGAUGUUCUGUUUCCGUAUAUGAGCUGCAACCGCUUGAGUAUUGACGUAGUCGAUGCUACAGGAACGGCGAAGUUCAACUGUACAGGCACAAUACACAAGCUUCCCAUAUCAGGCGACGGUGAAGUCCAGUACAAAGGCACCAUGAAAGAUCUCGGCAAUGAUAUAGAGAUGGAUGAUACCGGAGGUGAUAAGAAGUGUCGGCGGUGCCCUUCAUUUGCCUUUGAGGGAGUUGCUGCAGAUGUCCGCAAUGCUGCAGCGUCGAAGUGCUGUGACAGCUGCGACAGUGUUUUUGAGCUGUACAAAGAUCUGGAAAAGGAGUUCCCUGGCAUUGAGUACUUUCCUCAAUGCUUGGAACAGCUGUAUGAGCGUGCGAGGGGGUGCAAUGUGAUCGGCUCGCUCGAUCUAAAAAAGGUUCCUGUGACUGUCAUUUUUGGUCCUCGACGGACUGGUCGCCGUUACUCGUUGAAGGAUGUGAUUCGACUGGACACCUCUCAUGUGAUUAAGAAACUGCGGAUUGGUGACGAAGCUGUAGAGCGGUUUUCGAAGCAUGGUGUGGCGGAACCACUCUGUGGUCAUGAGCGAUUUUCGAAAACCUACUCGGAGACAAGGUACUUAGUGAAAGUGGUGCCUACGACGUACAGAAAAACGAGAACAAGAGACGCAAAGGCCUCGACGUAUGAGUAUAGUGCCCAGUGCAGCAGCCAGGCUAUUGUUGUCGGCUUCAGUGGCGUAGUCCCUGCUGUUCUGUUCGCUUUUGAGCCGGCAGCUAUCCAGGUGAACAAUGUUUUCGAGAGGCAGCCUGUUUCGCAUUUCCUAGUCCAACUCUGCGGUAUUGUAGGUGGGUUGUUUGUUGUCCUGGGAUUUAUCGAUAGUACUGUUGAGUGGUUUGUUGAUUUUGAGAAGCGGCAUCGCUAG